AUGCAUGCCACAUUGUACGAAGCAGCUGAAAUUUUAAAUCUUACCUGCAGAUGCUUGGCAGUCGGCACCACGCACGGGUUUAAAAUCUUCAAUUGCGAUCCGCUUUCCCUGUGCUACGAUUACCUUGGUAAGCAUGUGUGCACAAAUGGUUUACCUCAAGACGACAAUCGGGAAAGCGGCGCCAGAAUCGUAUCCAUGCUCUUUUGUACAAGCAUGAUCGGCGUCGUUGGGCUUGGAGACGGCCGUCUCCGCCUCACGUCGCCCCGGGGUUCGAGCGAAACCGAGCUGCCCCUUGGUGGCGGCCCAUCUAAUUCCAUUCCAAAAGGUACGCAAUCUGUGCUUUCUUGGCUAGGCGCCCUUUCCAGCGCCAGAACGCUCUCUCUGAUCAAUACAAAGCACGGUUCUGUUAUGUAUGACCUGCGAUUUCCAUCGACCAUCUUUCACGUCCAAAUGAACAGAAAAAGGCUGUUGGUCAAUUGUGAUGGCCAAGUCUUUAUUUACGACAUGUCCACGAUGGCAAAGCUAUUUUAUUUGACCAUUCCAUCGUCAUCCUUUUCCUUCACCGCAGUUUCGUCGGGCGAAGGCAAAGAGCCGACAGACGACGGUGUCUUGCUGCCCACGUUGCAGGUUUCCACGGGAAGACACAUCGUCAGCUUAUCUCCAAAUUCGGAAGAGCCAUAUUUCGCAAUUCCAGACAUAUCUUCGCCCGGAGAUCUGCUGGUUUAUGACGCGUUUGCUUCGGAGCCCGUGAACGCGACAACCUCUGACGCAUGCAAGCCAAAACCAGCGUUAAAAAUAGUUCAGGCGCACAAAUCUCCAUUAGUUUAUGUAAAGUUUAAUACUUCUGGGAAUCUGAUAGCCACCGCCUCUGACAAGGUAAUCGAGACUUGCCUCCCCAUUUCUCAUAGGGCACAAUCAUUAGGAUAUUUAGCCUUCCAGACGGGAUUUGUCGGUAUCAAUUCCGAAGAGGCUCGUUUCCCAUAUCCAUUACCUAUUUGUCUUUCUCUCAGAACUCUACUUUUCUCGUGGCGGCGUCUGAGGAAUCAGACACGAUUCACAUUUUCCGCUUGUUGCCAUUUACAAGCAGUGGAUGUGGCUCUUUUUCGGCAUCUUCCGGGUUUCAAUUGA